UGUUCUAAAUAAACGAGUAGGCUAGCUUUAGUUAUCAUCAUACUUCAUACAUUGAACUAAACCUCUUGUUUACAUUCCGACAGAUCUAGAGACCAAGUCCUGUCCCGAUUUUAUCCAUAUCUCAGGCCAUGGCAGCCUCUCCUUCACUCUCCUCAGUCAAAUCAAGGUUGGCAGGGAAGGUGGCCCUUAUAACCGGAGGAGCCAGCGGGAUCGGUAAACGCACCGCUCAAGUGUUCGCUGAGCAUGGAGCCAAGGUAGUCAUUGCGGACAUUCAAGACGACUUGGGCCAGUCCGUAGCCCAGUCGAUAGGCCCAUCGCACUGCCUCUACGUCCACUGCGACGUCACUGACGAGGCCCAGGUCAAGAACGCCGUGGACACGGCGGUCAAAACUUUCGGGAAACUAGACAUCAUGUUCAACAACGCGGGCAUAUCCGAUCCCAACAAGGCCAGGAUCAUAGACAACGAGAAGGCCGACUUCGAGCGCGUGCUGAGCGUGAACGUCACUGGCGUGUUCCUGGGAAUCAAGCACGCGGCGCAGGCCAUGAUUCCGGCUCGUGCCGGAAGCAUAAUAUCGACGGCGAGCAUAAGCUCGUACGUGGGAGGGGCAGCUUCGCACGCGUACUGCUGCGCCAAGCAUGCCGUGGUUGGGUUGACUAAAAAUGCAGCAGUAGAGCUAGGCCAGUUUGGGAUAAGGGUGAACUGUUUAUCGCCAUACGCGAUGGCCACCCCGUUGGCGACCAAGUUUGUUGGGGUCAGCGAUGAAGAGCUUGAGAAUGCGAUGAACUCGCUUGCUAAUCUGAAGGGGGUGACCCUUAAGGUUGAUGAUGUGGCCAACGCGGCGCUUUAUAUGGCUAGUGAUGACUCUAGGUAUGUGAGUGGCCAUAAUUUACUCAUCGAUGGGGGCUUCAGCAUUGUUAACUCCUCCUUUCACAUGUUUCAGUACCCUGCCCAGUCUUAAUUUGUGUCUCCAAUCGCUGUUACAUUAUUGCCUGUUGGCUGUUGCUUAAGCUCUGUUUACUAUGGUUGCGGAUUAUUUGAAUAUUGUGGUCUUUAUAUUGAUCGUGGUCUGUGGAACUAGCUAACCGACUUUUGCUUUAUUUUUCGUUUUUCACUGUAUUAGUAUUCAUGUACAAUAAAGAUUCUUUAUUUUGCGCA